UCAAUCCCAUACUCAUUUCUUAAUUUGGCCACUGGGCUGCACUGGUGCAGGAAAACAUUGGAGGCAUGCAAACUUGAAUAAGCCUUUUCCUAAAUUGAUUUUCCGCAUUAAAGAGAAACAAUUCGGAAAAACUGAGAAAUAUUCUAGUUCUUUUACAGCAAACGCAGUUGAAUUCAACCUGAUAAACACCAAACACAAUUUGAUUACUUUUUGAUUCGUUUUACCUUUCAGUUUCACUUUACUAUAAAACUCUUUUCCAACAAUCGUAGGAUUGCCAAACUAAACCUCAGCAGCUAUUUCGGUUCUAGUACUUAUUUUGUUUCCAGAAAGAAACCCCCCAUUUUAGGAAAGCGCGAAUGGCCGAAUCAAUCAAACCAGGUUCUGUGAAAUCUGUAGCUGUAGUGGGUGGUGGUGUUAGUGGGCUAGCUGCGGCAUAUAAACUCAAGUCACAAGGUAUCAAUGUCACUGUGUUUGAAGCUGAAGAAAAAGCCGGAGGAAAACUGAGAAGUGUUUCGCGAGAUGGUCUAAUAUGGGACGAAGGUGCAAAUACAAUGACUGAAAGUAGCAUGGAGGUCAAAGGAUUGCUCGAUAAUUUUGGUCUCAGAGAGACACUGCAAUUUCCCAUAUCUCAGAACAAGAGAUACGUUGUAAAAGAUGGGGCGCCCACACUGAUAGAUUCCAUCAAAUAUUCAAAUCCCAUCGCACUGAUAGCAAGCAGUUUACUUUCCACAAAAUCAAAGUUUCAGAUAUUCUUUGAGCCGUUUCUAUGGAGAUCACCGGCACAUAGAAGUAACCAGUCAAAGAUGUCAACUGAGUAUUCUCAAGAAAGCGUCAGAGAAUUCUUCCAGCGCCAUUUUGGUGAAGAGGUUGUUGAGUAUCUUGUUGACCCUUUUGUUGCGGGUACAAGUGCUGGAGAUGCUGAUUCACUGUCUAUGGCUCAUGCAUUUCCAGAGCUAUGGAAUCUAGAAAAGAAGUUUGGUUCAAUCAUAGUAGGUGCAAUACGGUCUAAAAUGUCAGGUAAACAAAAGAAUGGGGGGAAGGACACUUCUUUAGAAAAAGGGAAGCUACAGCGGGGCUCAUUCUCAUUUCAGGGAGGGAUGCAGAGACUCACUGACAUGUUAUCCAAAGAUCUUGGAGAUGAUUUGAAACUGAAAUCAAAGGUGCUAUCGUUAUCGUAUAAUGGUGAUGAUAUAUCUCCAUCAAAUAACUGGUCCCUUUCUUAUGCUACUGACCAAAAGACAGGCGAGCCCUUUGCACACCAAUCUUUUGAUGCAGUCAUUAUGACCGCUCCGCUAUGUAAUGUGAAAGAAAUGAAGAUUAAAACACGUGGAGGUCCUUUCAAACUUGACUUUAUUCCAAAGAUUACUUACUUGCCACUCUCAGUAGUAAUUACAGCCUAUAAGAAGCAGAAUGUCAAGAGACCACUUGAGGGAUUUGGUGUUCUAGUUCCUUCCAAAGAGCAACAAAACGGUUUGAAAACCCUUGGUACUCUCUUUUCUUCCAUGAUGUUUCCUGAUCGAGCCCCCAGUGACAUGUAUCUCUAUACUACGUUUGUUGGAGGUAGUAGGAAUCCAGAGCUUGCAAAAGCUUCAUUGGAUGAGCUGAAGCACGUUGUUACUUCAGACCUCAGGAAGUUGUUGGGUGCAGAAGGAGAGCCGGGAUUUGUGAACCACUUCUACUGGAGUAAAGCCUUUCCCUUGUACGGACAUGGCUACAACUUAGUUAUGGAAGCAAUAGAAAAGAUGGAAAGAAGUCUUCCAGGGUUCUUCUAUGCAGGUAACCAUCGGGCCGGAGUAUCUGUUGGAAAGGCAAUAUCUUCUGGUUGUGAAGCAGCUGAUCUUGUCAUCUCUCAUCUCAAUAAAAACUUGGUUAGAGAAGAUAAACUGAGGUAGUAAAAUAUACAUUACUUGAUGCUUAGCUGCAAUCAUACUGGAGGAUACCUCAACUACUAGAUACUUCAAAAAAAAAAAAAAGAGUUUUUGUACACAUUUUCGUAAUUUUAUCACCUUGAGAAUCAUAUUCAAACUCUUAUUUCGACGAUUAGCACGUAUUUACGUUUCAGAACCUCA